AAAAUCGUCAGCAAUAGAUAGGUUUAAUUUAAACUUUGAUAUUAACUGCACUAUUUUUAAUUGUAAAUAUAUUCAGCUCAUAUAAUUACAUGUAGACAUGUAACAAGCAACGCGCGUGUCCCAAUACAAUGUAUUAACAUGGCAUAUCCAUUAGAACACGAACAUGGCAAAUAAUAAGGACUUGAUAUUUGAUGACGAAUGGAAUUCAGUUGACGAAGAGAUCUGUUCCAAAAUGUCAGUCUUUGGUAGUAAGGUCGCACGAGUGAUGAUGCAGAGCUGGAAGGAGUUCUGCUCGGAGACCAGCUUCCACGGAUUCAACCACAUCACCGCUGAGAGGAGGCACUGGAGCGAGAGGUUGUUGUGGGUCUGCUUCAUAGUGGCGUCAGUGUGGUUGGUGUUGGACAUAUCUAUAGGCCAGUGGCAGAGGUACGACGAGAACCCCACCAUCGUCACUCUGGAGAAGGACUUCAGGACCUGGAGGAUUCAUAUGCCGGCCGUCACUGCUUGCUUGAAGAACAAAGUGGAUGUAAAGAAACUUCCGAAUGCAAUCAAAUCUCGUUGGAACGUCGAAGCUGGACAUCCCAAGUACUUCUAUUAUAGUCGUUUCGUGACCGCCGUCGCCAGCUCUACUCUGGAAAACCUCAAGGUGUUUGAACAGUUCGGCGAUGACCCGACACUGGACGUAGACCUGUUCAGACUCGCCGUGGACGUGAUGGAAGACAGCAACAUCAAAGUGAGUAACGGAGAAAAAAUCAAAGCGAUCUGGACUCCGGUGAUGACGGAGCUCGGAGUGUGUCACACACUCAACUCCGUGGCCACCGCUGACAUAGCCAUCUUCAAAUCCAACUUGAGCAAUACUAAAGACAAUCCGAUGACUUGCCAAGCGGACACCAACGGCUGCUUCUUGUAUCUGGAGUGCGCUUCUCAGAUAGACUACUAUCUUCACUCUCCAUACGAUGUGGUCGACUACACGGAAGCACAUACCACCACCUCCCCACCACUCAUCGCACACGUGGACGUCACCACCACGGAGAUAGGAGUGGGCCCAGGAGUGAGAGCUCUCCUGCCGAGGAGACGUCAGUGCCUAUUCACUGAUGAACCCACCACAGCCUCCAGACAGGUGUACAGCACACACUCCUGCAGACAAGACUGCAGGAGACGUCUGGCGAUGGAGCUGUGCGGGUGUCAACCAUUCUACUACUUCUAUGCUGCUGGCCCGACAUGUACAGUGCGCGGCAUGCGCUGCCUGUCUCUACAUCAGCACCGUCUGUUCACUCUGGAGGGCCAGCGCUGUUCCUGUAGCCAGCAGUGUGUGGACGCCGUGUUCAAGGAAGCCCUGGAGAAGAUUGAGAACAUGACAGGAGGUCCGUUCGGGCUCCAAGGGUCCGUUCACUACACCCUGGAACAGCCUCGCGAGAGAUACGUCAGAUAUAUCGUGUUCUACUUCCAGGACCUGGUGGUGUCAUUCGGCGGCGCGGCUGGUCUCUUCCUGGGAGCCAGCUUCAUCAGCUUCGUGGAGGUCGGAUACUUCCUCAUCGAGAGACUCUCGAGGUCGUCUCCGACACGGACUGUGACGGAUGUGCAGAGAUUCAACGCCCCGUACGAAACUCGCAUCAGAGAGCUGACAAAUAUCAUACAGGGACACUUCAAUUAAAGGAAAUAUAACUCAUUAAUAUAAGGUUUAUCAUACAUUAGGAAAAAAUAAUAUAAUUAAUAUUUAAAUAAUACAAAAAAAGAAGUUCUAAAAAAUACUUUUCUGAUUCCUAUUUAAUCGUACAUAUUCAGAAUAUUCUUCCGUGUGUUGUGUCUGAAUAACGUUUUUAAUGUUGGUUUAAUAAUUGUUAAAUGUCAACUAUACUAACAAAUCAACAGCACUCGAGAUAUCUUAAGGCAUGUUGUUAUGUCGCUCUGUGUGUUAGGAUACGGAACACCUUAUAAGUACUGUCAGCUGGAGCACGCACACGUGGCGAAAACUGACCACAAUAUAUACCUAUAAGAAUCAUUGGCACACUUUGAACUUAAUUUUGUUCGUUACUUCUUCUGCUUUACGCCCGGAUGUUAUGCGACACGCGACAGGUGGAUAAAAAGAAGUGAUUUCUUGAAAACAAGUAUCACUAAAUAAAGUUAGUU